AUGUCGGACGUCAAAGAUCAAAUUACCGUUCAAGCGUCGGCCGCAACUCCGCACGAUACCUCCUCGCUUGCUCAAUUCCCGAAGGACGAUACUUCGGCGGGUGUAGAUGUAAAUGCCCGUGAAGCGGACUCUGCUUCAGAGGAGGUUCCUGCGGACCAGAUCGACAAGAAAAAGAAAGGCUUCCUUGCAUAUUUUACGACAAAGGAGUUCUAUAUCAUUCUGAUACUUGGACAGAUCUUGGCAAUCACGAACACAGCUACUAGUACUUUCAGUACACUCCUUUCAGACAAAGGCACCUCAAUUCCGGCUUUCCAGACUUUCUUCAAUUAUGUACUGCUGAACAUCAUGUUCACCCCGUACACCAUGUACCGUUACGGCAUCAAGGGCUGGGCCCAAAUGGUGUGGAAAUCCGGCUGGAAAUAUAUUAUCUUGGCAUUUUGCGACGUUGAAGGCAAUUAUUUCAUCGUGCUGGCAUACCGAUACACAACUAUGCUUAGUGCCCAGUUAAUUAACUUCUGGGCCAUUGCAGUCGUCGUCGUCAUCUCGUUCCUGUUCUUGCGCGUCCGCUAUCACAUCACACAAGUCCUGGGUAUUUUGGUCUGUAUCGGCGGCAUGGGCGUCUUGAUCGCAUCCGACCAUAUCACCGGCACCAACGGCGGCGACGUCAGCAGCGGCAACCAACUUAAAGGUGACCUGUUCGCCCUCCUAGGCGCAACUUUCUACGGUCUCGCCAACACCGGAGAAGAGUACUUUGUCAGCACAGCACCCGUCUACGAAGUAUUGGGCCAGAUGGCUUUCUGGGGCAUGAUCAUUAACGGUGCCCAAGCCGGCAUUUUCGACCGUGCUUCGUUCAGGACCGCUACCUGGAACAGCCAAGUCGGUGGUUAUCUCGCCGGUUACACCCUUUGCCUGACCUUCUUCUACUGCAUGGCUCCGCUCCUCUUCCGGUUGUCGUCCGCUGCUUUCUUCAACAUCUCCAUGCUGACCAUGAAUUUCUGGGGCGUCAUCAUCGGCAUCAAGGUCUUCCACUAUACCAUCCACUUCAUGUAUCCGAUCGCCUUCGUGCUUAUCAUCGUCGGUCAGCUGAUCUAUUUCCUCGGCCGUCGGGUCCUGGGCGAAGCGCGCAAACCUUGGCUGGGUAAAAAUCAGGAACGUGGUGUAUCGGGUCUGUUCACUGCGAAGAGAAUGAUCGAUACUGAGGCUGUCGCGCCUAAUCAUAAUCCUAAUUCUACGACUCAUGAUUCUGCUACGGCCAAUAAUGAUCCUCACACGUCACAUACUAGUCCGGUUUAG